GAAAAUAUUAUUUUUGAAGGUGAUAUUCUGCAAGAAAAACAACGCAGUGCAAAAUUUAAUGAGAACGAGUUAAUUUUAUUAAAUACUUUAAUGAAAAAAUACAAGCAUGUUGUAUUAAAUAAGCAAACAGGCAAAGUUACACCAAAACAAAGAGACGAGGCAUGGCAGUCACUAACUGUGGAAUUUAACAACGAUCCUGCAUGCUCAGUAAGCAGAAGUACGACCCAAUUAAAGAAUAAGUGGGACUACAUGAAAAGGAAUGCCAAAAAGGAUGUAGCUGCUUAUAAAAGAGCACAUCGGCAGACUGGUGGUGGAAAAGGUCCUGCUCCACUCGAUGACACAACUGCCAUUUUAAUAGACACAGCCCGUGAAUCUAUAGAAGGAACACCUUCAAAAUUUGAUUCCGAUAAGACCGUCUCAAGUAACAUUAUCGUGUUGGGUAAUGAUACCAUCGACUUUUUGUCGCCACCAGCCACUGUCACCAUACCAGAAGAAGAAUCUUUCGAGAAUACCACCAACUCGUAUUAUAUGCAGCCAAUUUUGUGUACUACACAGAAAACAAAUGAUAAAAUUGAUGCUACAUCAAUCAAAGAUAAAAGUGAUUUAUGUAAGAGUUCUUCACUUAUCAAGAGACAGAAGCUGAAUGACACUCCAUUGGUGCAAUCAACGCCUCAGUACACGAGGUCAAAGUUUGUGGAGGUAGCAGAGAAAAAAAUCCAAUGGCUGAAUAAUAAAGAAGAUGUCAAUAAGAAAAAAACAUCAUUAGAGGUAGAGAUUUUAGAAAAAAAGUCUGAAAAUGCCUCAUUAGAGAAGAAAAAAUUGUUGCUAGAGUGUGAUGCACACAAUUUAGAAAUUGAUAUAAAACAAUUAAUUAAGAAAAAAUUGGAGUUAGAGUUACUUUUAUUAGAAAAACAAUGUUGUUCCGUGCAGUCACUCCGCUUAUUGUUGAUGCUUCAUGAAUUGGUACUGCCGGUUCUUCAGUGGGUAAAUAGCCGGGUCCACACCGGACGAUCCAUCGCGCUCCGAUCGCGCGCGGCAGCAGCGCGAUCCAAAGAUGCAGGCGGUGUGGACGUGCCGCGCGCGAUCCAUGCGCACGUAUUGGAGCGCGCGCUCCCUACCUCGCGCGAUCCGUGUGCGGUCGGUUUUUGUGCCAGCCUCAAAGGUGCCUCAGUUGCGUGA